UGGUUCGGAAACCAGACUAAGAACGUUGGUGUUUUUCCCUAACUUCGUUUCAUCACAUGUAUCCUGUGACUUCACUAAGUUAGAGGCUAUCUGACCGCUGAAGAAUUCGUCGUUUCUCGUCCUUUUACGUCGUCCUAACAAGUACGUUCUUAUUGAGUAGGUUGUUCACAAUAAUUCUGGUUAACUGCCUGUGAAUUUUGAGGUAGCCUGAAAUUCUACAAGAUACCAACUUGAAGUUAUUUGAAGCCCAGCGAAUAGUUUUCAUCAUUUGCCAGUUAUAAACAUGUGAAACAGCUGCAUAAACACCAUGGAACAGUUUCACCAGCGUAGUAGAAAUUCCUCAGGGACAUGAGUUGGUGCCCGAGCUUAUACUUUUAUACCACUUCUUGAAAGCCAACUUGUGUUUUGACAAAAUUAAAGCUGCCAAGUUGGAAGGUCAAAACCUAUUUUUCAGUUUGUGAAGGACAGUCGCAGUCAUUGGGAACAGAGAGGCAUUCAAGUCCUUUUUCAUUUAAAAAGUACUGUGUACAAAGUUGCGAAGAUCUUCAUCUGUGACUGAAGAACAACUAAAGAAGGAACAAUGUUAGCUAGCGACUGGCGGCCGUUUGUGUACGGGGGCAUCGGCUCGGUGGCCGCUGAGUUUGGCACCUUCCCCAUUGACCUGACCAAGACGCGUUUGCAGGUGCAAGGCCAGCGAAUGGGGAGCAACUACAGGGAGUUGAAGUACCGUGGGAUGACCCACGCACUCGUCAAGAUAUCAAAAGAGGAAGGUAUCAAGGCGUUAUACUCUGGCAUCAGACCGGCCAUCCUGCGCCAGGCCUCCUACGGCACCAUCAAGAUGGGCUGCUACCACUCCUUCAAGCGUCUCCUGGUGGAGAACCCGGAAAAUGAGACCCUGCUAGUCAACGUCGUCUGCGGCGUGGCGGCUGGCGUGAUUGCCUCCUCCAUUGCCAACCCGACUGACGUGCUGAAAGUCCGCAUGCAGGCGCAGGGUGCCAGUUUCGCCAACACCAACGGCAUGAUCAGCUCCUUCGUCAACAUCUUCCAGGAGGAAGGAACCAGGGGACUGUGGAGGGGUGUGGUCCCAACUGCCCAAAGAGCCGCGGUUGUAGCGGGGGUAGAGCUCCCAGUCUAUGACUGGUGUAAGAAGUGGAUCAUUGACAACAAGUGGCUGGGAGACACCAUGUCAACGCACUUCAUAGCAAGCUUCAUCGCUGGCUUUGCUGGGGCUGUCGCCUCCACUCCCAUAGACGUCGUUAAAACGCGGCUGAUGAAUCAAAGAAAUCUGCGAGACCACUCGAGACCCCAGCACAUAUACAAGAACUCGCUAGACUGCUUAGUAAAGACUUUCAAGUACGAGGGUUUCUCCGCUCUGUAUAAGGGCUUCAUACCAACUUGGGUGCGACUCGGUCCGUGGAAUAUCAUUUUCUUCAUAACGUACGAGCAGAUGAAGAAACUCCCGUUAUGAUGGCCCUCCAGUGAAUAGCACAGCUCUAUUUUUUUUCUAAAGUCUCUUGCCACUGAUUACUCACCAUUACUAAAUUUCUAUUUGAGUAUUUCCCUGAUCGGUCUUGCAGUAGCAAGUUCAUGCUGCGGUGGUUUGUUAAAAUGAAAAAGGGACAGAAAUCUUGAAAAACACAUCUAAUUAUGGAAAAAUUGUAAACACUAACAUACCACAAGUUGAAAUUACUGUCGCAAAAAUAGUGGUGUUUUCAAAGCCAUCUGCGACAUUUUCUUUUUUGGAAAUUUAAUCAUUUAAGAAUAAACUAUUUUUUUUCAUUGAUUAUGGUGUCAUAAUUAUUUAGAAUGUUUUUGUUUAAUCGUUACUAAUUACUGUCACAGCACAAAUGCAAAGUUUGCAAGAGUUGCCUUGAUUUUAUUUUAUUAAUAUUUCUGUUUCAUUUUUCAGUCCGCUGCGUUUUGUUCUCCGAAAUGUAAUAAAGUCAAAAAACAAUUUCAAGUUCAAGUUCAAGGGAUUUAAGAUUUUGACCAAUUCCCAGAUUUGUACAAGAGCGACAUCGCUGUAUUUUGUUCUGGUGCCAGCCUAAAUUGAAAUAGUCUUAUCAGAAAUUAAACAAAAACAAAAAUUUACCUAGACGGGUCAUUUGACUGUACCUUGAUGUUAAAAAUACCCCAUAACUAUUAUUUCUGUGAUUUACGCACAUCUAUAUCAACUAAAAAUACUUUAAGUCAAAACCGAACAGUGGAAAAUUGCAUUAGAUUGGACAAACGGACAUAUUAAGGAUGCCAGUAAGUAACAAAAAAAGGCAUGAGGAAUCCGCAAUCUUGUUAUUGAACAAACUUUUCCUUUGAGGAUUGCCUCACAAGCUGUAUUAAGCUUUCCAGGGUUAUAUUGCAUCCUCUGAUCCAUGUUGCCUUUAAAGCUUCAUUUGUGCUCACCGAACCAUACUCGUGGAAUGCAAUGUCUCUGAAUGCACGUAAUCUUGGGAAAUUGACGCUGUACAUCGCAAACUAUUUUUGACAAACAGCCUGCAUUUUGCAUGGGUGGCUUUUCAUGGCGAUCGCUCUUCGAAAUUUGAUUUUCACAGGAUUUAUUGCCAAUUUGCCGAGAUUGUAUGGAAGGGCUUCAAUGGAUCAAAGAAUCUGGGACAUUUAAAAAAAAAAAUAGCAUUUCAGUUUUGGUUAGGUUGUCGACUUUUUUCGUGUUUAGUGUUCUCCCAUAAAGUAUAAAAAUCUGCUUUAAAUUACAUGUAAGGCAUCCUACAUUUUAAACUAAAAAAGUGUGAAACAUUUUUUUUGGGGGGGGGGCACUACAUUACCCUUCAGUUCUUGUUGGAGUUUUUGUACCUCCGCUUCUCCCUUACAGUAUCGACAGUUAUGUUCAUAAAACUACGACGUUACCUGUACCCAUCCAUGAGAGCAUUUUUGCACAAGAACGAUUCCAUGACUUGAUUAAGUGAAUACCAGAUGCAGGUGUUUUGUUCCAGACAGACAUCACAUCCCUGUAAUUGGAAAAAAGUCGCUCUGUGUUUAUCACACUUUUUAACCCUUAAACUUGCUGAUUUGGAACAGACGCCACAGCUUCAGGUUCAAUAAAGGAUCAUUUGCAUUUAUCCCGAAAGAUUAUCAAACAGCUUACUUGGAUUUGGACAUAUUUUGACUGUGUUUUUCCCAUCUCCUAGCUGCUGUACUAUAUGUGUUGCAAAGUGAUAAAGGCUUUUGGGAAUUACAGCGUAUUGGUGUUAUUCACUGCAGUAUUGUCAUGGCAAAUAUUUCCCUUUGCUUUUACAAGAACCGAAUCAACCAAGUUUCUCAGGUCUUUAGUGUUUACAGACGGCGUCAAAAUGGCAAUUGGUUUAUUUCUUUUUUUAUUCAAUCGAAAUAAUUGCAUUCUCUCAGGGAAUGUGCUCUGUAAAUACACUAUUCGGGUCACAAUUCAAACCCCGAGCAUUUUUACCGAUACAAAAACAAUAUCUUGUUUUGCCGCACUAUGGGGAAUAUUUGUUAGUUAAAAGCCUCAAGCUGUCGUACACACUACCCAUGUCAAUACCAGCUCUUUCUGAAGGCUAUUUGAGGGCCCUGGGAACAAACGUGCCAGUUUUUGGCCAUCAUAGAAAAACAAUGGAGCCCCUUUUUUCAUACUGUGCAUUCAUAUUACAUGUGCAUUAAAUGGUUAUAAUGUGGAUAGGGACAACAGAUCGGUUGGUUUCAACCUUUGUUCAUUUUCAGAGACAUGCUGCUUUGAAAUCAGAUUUAUUUAUUUGAAACAAUUACGCCAAAAAUAACUCUUUAACGCUUUAUUUUUGGACUGAAAAUGAGGUCACACUUCUUGGUCACUCUUGACUUCAAAAGGAAAAAUGUAGAUUUUGUAAUUUUUUUUGUAAGUUCUGUAAAUUAAUACAGUUUUGUAUAUAAUUUCAAAAGUGUUUCUCAGUUGUUCAUUUGUAUAAUUUGUAGGAAAUGGUUUGUGUGUGUUCUUUUACUUUAUGUGAAGUUAUUCAUUUGUCUCUAGUCAAUUUCAAGUUGUCGUUUUUUUCAAAGGCAGAAAGUUGCUUCCUUUAUUUUUAAACAUUAAAAUAUGUUCUCAGACUAGUAGUAUAUUUAUUUACAGCACAUUUCCAUUGUAACACAAGUCAAUUGAGUUUGGUUCCAUUUCUACUUGAGCCCCAUAACACUGGAAAUGGAAGUUAAGUUCUAUUUCAAUCGAGAAAUGUUUUUUGCUUUUUUUUUCUCAUUCACUUUACCAAAGGACUUUGCCGAGAAUUACAUAUGAGCUCCCUGUGAAGAACACCCACUUGUGAUAAUACGUGAAACAAAUAAAGUUGGAGGCACUUCGAUAGAGUGGGCAUUAUAACUUAAAGCCCUGAUUCGGACAAUAUAUCAAAUUCAGUCGCAGCUUUAUGAAGUUUUCUGCGAAUCAACCAAAUUAGCUGGCCAGACGUUUCGCUCUUAACAAGAUAUGCUUCAGAGGCAAAUGACGGAGGUACAAGAAACAAACAAUGCUCUUUUGAAGCAGGUCUUGUUACGACCGAAACGUCGGGCCAACUAAUUUUGUUGAUUUGUAUAUUUCAGAUCAAUCCGGUCGGAAGCAGAUUGAAGCAGUUCAAUUCAAUUUCAUGAAAUGUUCUUCGUUAAGAACUUAAACGAGACCAGGUGUUUCGUUGUAAAAGAAUUACUGUUAGUGUGUUUUGCUGCAUUUGAAUUAAGCUUGGGGGACACUUGUUUAUUUGUCAUUACUUGAAUUUCUCGGGAGGAGAAAAAAAACCUAGCUGAAGAACCAAUUAAGUUGUUUUCUAAUAAUCAGAGCAAGCUUCGAGACCCCAAAUUGUUAUCCAUCCUGACGUUAUCGCACACAAAAAGUAUGAAUUAUAUACGCCUAAAUAGCCAGAGGGCCCCUUCCUUCCAAAAUUAAGGAAAUGGAGAAAAGUUGUCGCUCUCAAAUCUCGUGUGGCAUUCCUAAUUUAGUUUGUUUCCAAAUUGUAUCUGAUUAGGGAUGUUUUUUGAAGUGAGCAGCUGUUUUGGUUUCUUUGUGUGGUUCACUGAAAUGGCAGGCAUUAAGUACAGUACUGCACCAUUCAAACAACCAACUAUCAUUUAUAAAUUGUCCAGUGUUUCAUGAUUCCUAACCAAAGUUUUUAGGAUUUGUGCGAUCGGCGUGCCUAAAAUAGUAACACAGAUUGAAAAUUAGUGGUGUACAAAUUUCAAAUGUCAUUCGAAUCUGGAAAGUUUUAACGUAUUUUGGUGUGUUGAUUAGGAAUGUUUGGAAGUAUUUUGCUUGCAAACAAGUUCAAUUGAGAACCAAUAAAGUUAUGCAAGAACUGAAA